AUGAUGACUCGCACUGUGACAACUCCGCCGUCGUGCAGUACUCGGACCAAAACACAGCGGCAACAGCAGCACCAGCAGCAGGACCUGGCAUCUCCCAUAUUCACCGAACCGCCACCGUCCACGCCUAGUUCCGCGAUACCUCCUCCGCAUCAACACACCCAUGCAAAUACACAUACCCAUACACACCCGUUCAUCUACACCCACGACCAACCACCCUCGAAACGAGCGAAGCUACACCACUCCCCGCCCCAAGUAUCAGGGCAACUUCCCCUACGCGCUAGAGAUGCCCACAGCCUAUCGAACGUCGUUCCACGACCAGAUUCGCUCCCCAAACGUCAGAUACAGACACAAUUGGUGAAUAUCAGGGGCCCCAGAGACGGCGAUGACGGAUCUGGGGAAGGUAAAGGUGGUCGUCUAUCGUUUGCUAGACCCGGCGCUAUGCCUGAUACCAACAACAAGGCCACUGAGUCCGCCUUAGCUCGUCCUACAAGGAGCUCAUUGCGCCAUCCUCAAUCUAUACAGACAGAUGAAGGAGAUAUGGCCCUUGUCAAGGAAGUUAAGGAGGGCGGUGAAGAUGCAAACAUGCAUGGUAAUAUUGUUACUAAGAAUGAGGUUCAUUUAAAACCAACCCCAGGACCCAGUACCAGUGCCCCAGCUGGGAGUGAGAAGAGGUCCUUGCGGUCUCAUGAUGGAGGUACUAGACCAUCAAAGAGUGAAUUGGCUAUGUACUUUCCCAACUAUGAACAGAUUCUUAGUUUAGAGCCAGUGAAACAAGAAUUUCUUUGUGCGGAGACCACAGUUACCCUUGUGGAUGAUUUAAGGGAGCCCAUAGUGCUCAAUCGUGAUGAUGUGCCAUCAUCAUCAAAAGCACCAUGCAACCCUCUUGAGAAUCUGCAUAAAGCAGAGGUCGUUGAUCUAGGACUGUUUGCGGAAACCAGUGACAAGGACCCAUUAGACGAAGACGCCUUCUUCAAAGCCCAUAGAAGGCUAGAAAGACAGGAAAAACAACUACGCAAUCUUGAAAAAGAGCGAGCCCAGUACGAGAAGGUCCAACUGGACCAUCUGCUGGGUGAGCUACAAGGUCAUGACUGGCUACGGGUGAUGGGCAUUAAUGGGGUUACUGACACGGAGAAGAAGCUCUACGAGCCUAAGCGCGACUAUUUCGUAGGAGAAGUCACAGCCUUGCUUGAAAAGUUCCGAGCAUGGAAGGAAGAGGAGAAACGCAGGAGAGUAGAACGAGAACAAGCACUACAAGCAGAAGAAGAUGAAGAAGAAGAAUCUGACUCCCAAGAAGAAGAUGAAGCUGAAGAUGAAGAAGGCGAGGGUGAAAGCGAUGUCGUUGAUGAAAGCUCCGAACAUACAUCGCCUACAGCUGUCGGCAGUGUUCCAGACCCGGAUGACGUUGACGGACUAGCUGCACACCAGCUCUACCAGGAAGCGAUAUCUGCAUCCAAAAGCAAGAAGCUCAAGACCCGCAACGACAAACCAACCUCCCAACCACGACAACAGCCUAAACCGCAAUCCCAGCCCAAGACCCAUACCCAGCAACAAGCCCCGUCAAGCAACCCCCCUGAGACGACCGUUGCAGCACCGUACAUCGAACCCGACCUGUGGGUUGUAGGACCGUUUAUAUCAUUCUACUCCAAACCCCAUCUCCGCGAAGCAGCAAUUAAAAAGCACAAACGCGGUCGGACGCGGACGGCAUUCGGGAAGCCACUCCCAGAAUUCGACGAUGCGCCAUUCCGGUUGCCUGAGGAUAUUCUUACUCCGGAGGCUAUUAGGGCGAGUCAACGGAGGAAUAGACGAAUGAGGCGGGAAGAUGGGAGGCCGGGAAAGCGUUAA